UAUUCAGUGAUUGAGCUACCUAUAUAAGAUACAACAAUGUGUAUUUUUGAACACUCACUAUCUGGAAAUUUCCUAACUAGGGCAUACCCUGUGUACACCGUUGGAGACACUACAAUGUAUACUGCUGCUACUACUUACUACCAGCCAGGAUCUACCACUCCUGUAUCAUACUCACAGGAAGUGACAAACAGUCCUGUUAGUGGACAAAUAUUGGCAACAGGAGGAAACACCUAUGUGAUUCAACAAGGAAUUGACACAGAAACCCACUCACUGCUCAACACUCGCGCCUCACCACAAACGAUGAAAAUGGUGCACAAGAUUGGACAGCUUGAGGAGCACAAAUUUGCUAAAAACUGGGCAGUCCAUGUGUUCCUGCUGCUGUUGUGGUGGUCGUCUCAUGGAUCAGGAAAUGCUGAUCUCAGUGCCGGAUUCUGGAGCUCAAUUACAUGUGCGCUGUGCAACUGUAUAGGGAACGAGGGGAGCCCACAGUCCAAUGAGUGCGGACAUGGUUCAGGACCUGGUAAGGACUGGGCAGUCCUUGUGUUGCUGCUGAUAUUCUCAUGGUCGUCUUCUGAAGGAUCGGGGAAUGCUGAUCUUGGUUUUGGAUUCUACAGCUUAAGUACACGUGCGUUGUGGAACCGUGCAGGGAACGAGGGGAGCCCACAGUCCAAUGAGCGUGGACAUGGCUGUGGACCUGGAGGAAAGUUUGUGGGCUUUCCUACUGCCUUCCACCAAGUGUCAGGCUCCAUUGACCAGGCAGCUGGCUUAAAAACUGAAUCCGGGUAUGGUGAAGCAACUGCUUGGAAAGUGAUAGCCAGCUCAUCAUGUACGCCACAUAAUGACAAGGCAAAAUUGCUUGGUCUCUCAGGUGUAGGAUUUCGGGGCAUCCACAAUGCUCCCCUGGGCAUCACUGGUCAGCUGAGGUCAGCAGUUUUUAGUGACAAACCUCGCGCUCCUUGGUCCCAGGGACUGUGUAGAAAGUGUGGCAACAUUCACACCCAAGUAGUGGUGAAUUCAGACAGUGCCAGCGAGCCUGUGAUAAAGCAGGUCAAGUGUGGUAAGAGGGGUCCCCAGAGUACCAUUGUGCUGGAGCCCUCAAAGAGGUGGCAGUGGUGGAGAAGGGAGUUACCUACGAAACAUAGUAAGACACUGUCCUUCAGGGAUCUGCUUGAGGAUAGCCCAGAGGAACCCUCAUCCUGCUCAUCUGACACUGACACUAUACAACCUGUCACAUCUACUAAUUGCCAGGCUCAUUUCUUCAAUGAACACCUAAAAGGCAAGGAAUAUUCAAAAAAGAAUUACCUUCUUGGUCCUUCUACGGAUACACAACAGAAUGAUUGGGCAUUGUUUGAUUUCCUAGCUGUGACUGACAAGUCUAUGAAAAAACCCAUGGACAUUAAUUGUAUGGUUUCAAAGGAAUUGCUUGACAGAAGGUCUCAGUGUGAUUGCAUAAGAAGUAAUAACAGUGGCCAUUUCAGUGUCUUAGAAAGAAUCUGUACAGAUAGUGCUCAGAACUCCAACCACAACUCACUCAGCAGUACUACAUUGUAUAGAAAUUAUGGGAAAUUAGCAAAAGCUACCCCUUUUCAGUGUGUCAGUAACCUAGACUGUCUAAAAAGGGAAAGCACUACCAUUGUUUCAAGUUCAUCAUCACAAGAGGAAAGCAAUAUAUCAAGUCAUGAUACAGGUCACACAAGUGGGAAUGUAACAUUCAGUAGUAUUGAGCAUAAUUUUCAUCAUCCUUCCCUUGAGGUAACUUGGUCAGUUCCUUACACGAACCCAUACAACACAAGUUUAACAAGUCUGUAUAAGAGUGAAGAAGGCCUGGAGACAUCCACGUGGUCAAACCCAUCGCAGCAAGUGUUAUCAGACAGCUUAGUAGCUGCAACUAUGGUGUACUAUGCCAACAUGCAAUAUUUGGCCCACUGCGGCACUGUACAUGGAGUGACACUGGAUGGUGGCGUCACGUACAUGGUUAGCGGCAACAGUCCUGCUCUCGAUGCAGAUGCUCAGGCCAAUUUAGCCCAUGCAACCAGAGUUUCUCCUGCAACAGUCCAAUGGCUGAUGGAUAAUUAUGAGACGGCAGAAGGUGUUAGUUUGCCACGAUCAACUUUAUACAACCACUACCUCCGCCACUGUGCAGAUCACAAAUUAGAUCCAGUUAAUGCUGCUUCCUUCGGUAAACUUAUUCGUAGUGUAUUUCUAAUGACUUCGACUGCGACCCAUUGGACAUUUAGCCUCACUCCCGACUCGGGGCCAUCUUCCGACCCAGAGCAUCACUCGUCGCUCUCCCACCACCCUAGACCCAUCAGCGUCCUCCAUACCUUGCAGCAGCAGGAAUACUUGGGAGAUAUCAGUCGAGCUGUGCCUAUGUUUGGAGACGUAGACUUUGGAUCCACACCAUUACCUGCUGGAGUUACGAGGCCCCACUUACAUACUUUCACAGUGCUAUACCGAGAGCACUGUGAAACUAUUCUAGAAGCUGUAUAUAAUCUCCAGUUUCCAGCAGUUGAAAGUCUUUGGAGACGAUUUUGGUUAGUAAACAACAACAACAAUGUUUCAACUGCUGCAAAAUCAUCAUCUAGUGAGAUGUCGGAUGAUGAUGAUGGUGAUUUGGCUUCACUUUUACCAUCAUCAGUUUUGCAGGCCUUACUUCGUGCACCUCCAGUUCUUGAGUUUGUGCGCAAUUUUGAUUAUCAGUUCUACCAAAAUUUGGUGGAAGUGUUAAUCCCAGAUGUGCUGAAAUCUAUACCCUCCAGCUUAACUCAAGCCAUCAGAAAUUUUGCAAAAAGCCUAGAGUCAUGGUUAUCCAGUGCUAUGUUGGGCUGCCCUCCAGAUAUUGUGAAUAUUAAGGUAACAGCUGUAGCUUCUUUAGCCCAGACACUGCGAAGAUACACCUCACUAAAUCACUUAGCUCAAGCUGCUAGAGCAGUCCUUCAGAAUUCCUCACAGAUUACCCAAAUGUUGGCUGACCUCAACAGAGUUGAUUUUCACAAUGUUCAAGAACAGGCAUCUUGGGUAUGUCAGUGUGAUUCUGCAUUGGUAGAUCGCCUUGAAGAAGAUUUUAAAGCAACACUUCAACAACAGAACAGCCUAGAACAGUGGGCUGAAUGGUUGCAAGCUGUGGUGUCACAAGUACUCCGCCAACAUGAAGGGAAACCUGACUUUCCAAAACAAGCUCGCCAAUUUUUGUUGAAGUGGUCAUUCUACAGUUCUAUGGUGAUUAGAGAUUUGACUUUGCGCAGUGCUGCUUCAUUUGGGUCUUUCCAUCUGAUAAGACUUCUGUACGAUGAAUAUAUGUUCUAUUUAGUAGAACACAAAGUUGCAUCCUCAUUGGGUGUCACGCCAAUUGCAGUUAUUUCACAGGUAAUGGAUGGAAUGAAGAAUACUGAGUCAAGUAACUUUGUUUUCAACGGUGACAUUAAUGCCCAUCACAGGUCAGAUGAUGGAGUUCUCCCAGCUUUCAAGCGGCUGAAGUAUGAAACAUGAUCAUCUUGACUUUGUGAUUGCUAUUAUAGACAAUUCUCCCCCAAAUUUAUUAGAACUGAUAUUUAUAUCAUAUUCUUUAUCUAUAUUUUUUAUAAAUGAAAUUGAAGAAUAGUGGUAUAAAAUUGAAAUAUAACAAAUUUUGAUUAUAUAGCAUAUAUCACAUAUAUUUGCAUACAAUAAAAGAAUGAAUCCAGUUUCAAGGAAAGUAACUUGCAAUAAAAAAAACUAGUAUGUCUAGUCAGUAUUAAUGUGUGCUUUGCAGCAUGAGAAGGAUUCAGGAAGAUUUUUAAAAAUUCCUUAUGUAACAAUUACAUUGGAAUCACUAAAAGAAACACACUUAAGAUUCCAGUGUUAAGUAAAAGUUUAUGAAUCAUUAUUAUCCAAUUAUAUGAAAACUAAAUUGAUAUUCGAAAAGGGAUUUUUCUAGUCAUAUUGAGGAUGUUUUUUGUUGUUCAGUGUUGAUCCAGUUUGCAUUAAAGUCUCACUGAUGGUGUGAAUGCACUAGGUCCACAUAUUGUAUUGCUAGAUAUAGCUGAUGUUUUCAUAUUCCAUGUGCCAGACAAAGUAGCAAGGAGAAUUACUUACAUGGUACUCUGAAACUUUAUUACAAAAGUUUUGACAUCUGAAGAGUAGAUUCCUUAAGUGAGUUUAUAAACUAUGAUAACAGAUUCUACACUCCAGGUAAACUCUCCUGUUAGUUGUUUCAGAGAUGUUGUGCAUUUCUAUUUUUAUACAAAAGGAUCAACUGAUAAGCAUUGGGAUGGUGCUGAUGGCCAUUACUCUAAGUUCUCUCUGAACCAGAUGAGCUCUUAAGACAUAACAUGAAGCUGUAUCAUUAAGAUAGAAUAUUUUUAAAGCUAUUCUCAUUUUAAUGAAUAAUGAAGCAUUUUUUUUUCUACAUGAAAUGCUUAAUAAGUAAUCUGAUACUUGUGAAUUCAGAAAUUGGAAACAAAGUGCAUUUGAGAUGUGUUGUGUCUUUAUAGCUUAGAACCAAACACUCCGAGCCAAGCCACUCUUGUGAGUGGACUGGACUACAGGAAGGAUCUGGCCCACUCACCUGGUAAAAUGUGGCAUUCUUCCUGUGUAUUGUUGCUUUGCUCAAUGUCUCCAUCCAGCAUGCAGGUCUCCUGAGGGAAGUGCAUGAGGUUCUCCUCUCUGAAUUCCUUUUUUUUUUCUCCUUUUUGAUAAUAAAAAAACUUUGAGUUCAAGAAUAACUUUACUCUGUGUGUACACAUGUGAGUGUAUACAUUUAUGACAUAAUUACAC